CAUCGCAUCGAAGUGUCUCUAUAGAAAUCAUCGUUAACAGUUGAUUAUAAACUCGGGUAGACAUGUUUAAAAUAGCUUGGAUUUAAUUAAUGUAGAUUAGAAACAUUCAAUUUCUUCUGUAAUAUUCAAUUCAGUGACUGUAGGGGUCAGGUGUAGUUUCGCUCGGGUCAAUGUAUAUAGACGCGUUUAAACGGCUCCUUUUGGAACGGCUCAAUUGCUUGAAAAGAAUGUGUGUAUGUCAGCGCCAAGGAAGCUCUUUUGCCAUGUCUAAGGCAGCCGUGAGGAAGCUGCACUGGCGUUCCAAGGUCCAGGAGAGCUUCAUCCCCGUGGUUGGGGGUUCCUCUGGGGAGCUGGGCCUGGCUGUGGGCGGUGGAGCUGACUACGGAGAGUUCCCAUUCAUCACAGCAUCCCCUGGGGGCGGGCUGACAGUGGGCGAUGUGAUCCUAGAGAUUGGGGGGACUCCAGUGUUAGGGAUGACGCUAGGAGAUGUCCGGGGGGUCCUCAACUCCUGCCCCCAUCCCAUCUGCAUCAAGUCCGUCUCCCCAGGCUCUGCGUUAUGUAAGGACCUCAGGUUGUAUUUGAGUAAGUGUUUCACGCCGGGCUCCGUGGACAGCCAACUCCAGCAAGUUAUUCGGGAGAACCUGUACCUCCGAGCCGUGCCAUGUACAACCAGACAUCCCCGUGAUGGGGAGAUCUCAGGAGUAGAUUAUAACUUUGUCUCCAUAGAAGAGUUCUUCUCCCUGGAGGAGUCAGGAGCUCUGCUUGAGAGUGGCAAGUUCAAAGGAAACUACUACGGUACCCCCCGGCCAGUACACAUCGGUCCAGAAAGCCCUCCUAUCACCUACCAGGAACACCGAAACCUGCUCAGAAACUUCCGGACACGCAGCAAAUCUCUUAGCAACCUGGAGAAAGGAGCCGAGGAGGGGGAGAACAGCGGGGAAGACUCUGGCCUGUCAGGCAGGUUUACCAGAGACAGACUGCUCCCCCGUGGAUCAGCAGGUAUCGGCAAUCCACACCCCCACUCCCCCUCCCCGUGCCGGUCCCAGGGGUCCAGUGGGGGGUAUGGCAGCGCUGUGGAGAACAUCCUGGGCAGCAGCAACGCCAGAGGGCCAGCCGGGAUCCCAGACAACUGGGAGGUGGCCUUCAGUGACUCAGGAGAGCCUUUCUACAUAGACCAUAAUUCCAAGACGACCUGCUGGCAGAACCCUCGCUCUCACAGCAGCAGAGAAGCUACGCUCGACGGGAGUGAAUUUCUAGGGUUUACCGACCAGCCUGGGGAGCUGAGGGGGUUUUCUGUCCACACACGCCUCUCCAAGGGCCCCAGGGGGUUUGGUUUCAACAUUGUGGGUGGCAGCAGAGCCAGGGAGUUCCUCCAGGUCUACAGCGUCACACCAGGGGGACCUGGAGCUCUCAGGACAGCGGAUAUCCUGGUGUACAUCAACGACGUCUGUGUCCUGGGCACGUCUCAUAAAGAGGUGGUGGAGAUGCUGAAGGUGGUGCCUGUCGGCCACAGCGUGGACGUGGUACUGCGGAGGGGCUACCCCAUGCUCUACAACCCCGACGGAUGUCCCAAGCAGACCCACCCGGGGGCGACUGACGUCUGUGCCCCCCUCCCCCCCGCCCCCACCACCAGCCAGCCCCAGCCCGCCCACCAUCACCUCCUCCGCCCGUCCACGGCCCCAACCCGGACCCAGUAUCACAGUCUCAACGGACUGCCGUCCUACCGCCCUGACGCGGGCUACCCGGGUGCGGGACUCGAUGCCAAUGGGAACGCCACCUCAGCAGCUGGCCGACUUCCAACGUCUUACAGGUGCUCCAGCGGUCAGGUCGUCCACUCCACGGCCACCACUCCACCCUCGUACCGGAGAUCCAUUGGUCACCUCUCUGACUGCCCCGGCUACCAUCUCCCCUCGUACAGGCCGUCCGGCCGCUACCAGUCCGACUCUAGCUCCCCAACACCGCCGUCUUACAGGCGUUCCAGUGGUAGCAUUGAUCCCAGCACCCCCCCAGUCCGGCCGCCCCGCUCCCUGAAGGGCCUUGCCCGCCUGCAGGCCCACGAAAACUCCCAGAGUGACAGUGAGGUGGUCUCAGCCGUUGGCUCAUGCAGGGCGUCCAUGAUCCGUAACCACAACAAUAACUCCCUCUCCACCCCACCCCAGCGCCACAGAAUCUCUAAGAGCGACCUGUCGGAGAGUGACCUGUCCACCUCCCCACUCCCCGUGUCCAGACUGCCCCUGCCCCACUCAGAGAGACCCUGUCUGUCACCCUCCCCUGGUAGAGGGGCAUACUCCUGCCUCGUCAGACCCCAGGCCUCCCUGCUGAGGCCCCCUCCUAGCCCCGAUGGCCCCUGCUUCAGCUUUAAUGGCUUUCACGGCAACACCAGUGGAAGCGGCAGCCCCAGCAGCAACUCGUCUCCAGGGGCGCUGAGCCUGGGCAGUGGGGCUGGGUUGAGAGGUGGAGGGGAGCUGGUCCCCGUGGCCCUGGCUCAGUGUGAGUCUGGACGGGGAAUGGGUUUCAGCUUGACGGCCGGGGGACAGGGAGGGCGGCUGGUCCUGGUCAAGAGAGUCUGGGAUAGGAGGCAGUGCUCUUCCCUGCAGCCAGGCGAUGCUAUCAUGAAGAUCAAUGGAGCAGAUGUCCAGACUCUCAGUUUUGCCCAGGUUCAACGAGUUCUCCAGGAACACACUAAACAAGGAGAAGUCAUCUUAUUAGUUCACAGAGGAGGCUCCCGCUAUUGUUCUGUCUCCCCAAACUCAACGCGGAGGGUCCCCUCACCACUCCUGCACCCACCCUCUCCACCUGUGGCCUUGGACAACAACAGGUCUGCCCCCGCUGAAGUUCUGGUGCCGCCCCGUCCGUCCUCCACCCCUCCUCUCUUACUCCCAGCUAUGGCCCGCUCCUCUCUGGUUCAGAGCACCAGUUUCCUGGAGUCAGUUCCAGUCACCCUCACCAUGGAGCCCAAAGACUGGCUGAACGUGGGCACGGAGGGCGAGGCGGACAGGGGGAUGGUGCCUCCGGGAACUGGGCCGGAGGGCACGGGACGGAAGCGGGUGCCGCGGGGAUUCCAUGUGGAGCUGAGGAGGAAACCUGGAGAGGGAUUUGGAUUUGUCAUCGCUUCACAGGAUGUAGAGAAUGGAAAAGCUGCCUCUCUCCUCCCCCACCGCUUUGUGACGGUGCGUCGCGGCAGCCCUGCGGCCAGAAGCGGUCAAAUCCGGCCUGGGGACCGCCUGGAGGCAGUGGAUGGGCAUUCUGUGAUGACCCUUCCCCACCAAGAACUAGCCCAGCUCCUCCGCAGAGCUGGAAACACUCUACGGCUUACCAUUGUCCCCCGUCCGAGCACCUACUCCUCCAGCCUAUCAGAAACCACAGAUUAUGACGCCAACAACAGAAGCCGGAAAGGUCACAGGUCACGACCCAAGCAUGACUCCAGAUAUUACAGUGUGGAUCUGGACCGCGGCCCGACGGGAUUUGGGUUCAGCCUGCGAGGGGGCAGUGAGUACAACAUGGGUCUGUACGUCCUGGGGCUGAUGGAGGGGGGCCCUGCCUCACGCAGCCACAAAGUGCAGGUUAGUGACCAGUUGGUGGAGAUCAACGGGGAAAGCACGGCUGGAAUGAGCCACAGCCAGGCUGUGCAGCAGAUACGCAGGGCUGGCUUCCGUAUACACCUGGUGCUGAAGAAGGGCAAUGGAUACGUCCCUGACUACGGCCAUGAGUUCAGAGUCACCUCCCCCUCCCUCCCACAGCGGCACCCCGAGGAGCAGAGUGUGGCUGCAGUAGACCUGCCCCACCAAGAGGGCUGCUUUACUGGGGUAAAGCAGAAGAGCAACAACAGCAGCGACCAAGGAGGCAGUCCACCCAGACAUGCCCUGAAGGACCAUGACAACCAUGACAUACACAAGGACGCAGAGAGGUAUAGCAGGAGUCAGAGGAGAAAUGCAAGGACAGAUGGAGAGAGGAAAAGCCGGAGUCAGAGGAGAAAUGCAAGGACAGAUGGAGAGAGGAAAAGCCGGAGUGAGAAGAGGGUCAGGAAGAGGCAGAACCAUGGGAAAACGGAGGGGGUUGAGAAGGUUAACAAAGCGGAGGAGGAGGAGGAGGUAGAUGACGAAGAGGAGCAAGAUGUUGACAGACCCAUUCCUUCCCAAAGGCUGCCCAGGCCCAAGCAAGACUGGGAGGAAGAGGACGCGGAGGAAGAGAAGGCGAGGAACAGCAGAGAAAGGAAAACGGAAAAAGAGAGGGAGUUGGAGGGGGAGAGACUGAGGGAGGAAGAGCAGAAGAGGGUUGAUGUGGGUUGGAGGGAGACCAAGUGGAAGAGGGAGAGUGUCAGGGAUGAGAUGAGGGGAGAGGUUCACGAGCAGAGUGACUGGGAGGAGGGAGUGAUGUCUCAGUCCCUGAACAACCUGCUCUCCUUGGAGUCUCCCAUCACACCUCCACUAGAGAGAAAUCCCUUCUCCUUCCUCACCCCAUCCUCAGAGUAUGAUGAGUCAGAGUCCGAAACCAGCCACUCGGAUGGCAGUGUGUUUGCGGCCAGUGCCUGUGGCAUCUCUCUUACCCACACAGAAGGGUCUGUUCUGGGGGCCCGGGGCCUGUUGGCCCCAGGCCCCUGGCUCACACCCAGCCCAGAGAGCAUCGCUGAGGUCACGCAGGAGAACAGGUUUAUAGGAGAGCAGAGAGGAAGAGUUAGGAGGACAGGGGUCAUGGAGGAAUCAGGAAUAUAAAUAGGAAAUAAAAAGUAAACAUUGUUUGAGGAACCCAUAAUCAUAUCAUCAGGAUCUGGGACAGUUUCAAACCAUACCCUGCCCUCCCCACCCCACAACCCCUCCCCCCCACCCUGGAAUAUAGUAGGCUUUCUUUUUUUGUUUUUUAAACUACCCACAACAAUGCUCACUGUUUUAUUUUAACAUGUUCUAGUAUUUUAUAGUGUCCUUAUUUGUGCCUUUUGACGGCUGGUUUCUGGCUGAUUUUAAUCAAUUGUUGAUUGUGUUUAUUUGUACAUAUUUUAAGAUGUUCCAGUGGAACAUGAUGCGUCUUUUCUCCCCUUAUUUUCAUUUUACAGAAAUAUCUCUGUGUGUAGUUAUUGGGGACAGUUGUAGUUAUUGGGGACAGUUGUAGUUAUUGGGGACAGUUGUAGUUAUUGGGGACAGUUGUAGUUAUUGGGGACAGUUGUAGUUAUUGGGGACAGUUGAAGUUAUUGGGGACAGUUGUAGUUAUUGGGGACAGUUGUAGUUAUUGGGGACAGUUGUAGUUAUUGGGGACAGUUGUAGUUAUUGGGGACAGUUGUAGUUAUUGGGGACAGUUGUAGUUAUUGGGGACAGUUGUAGUUAUUGGGGACAGUUGAAGACGGUCUCCUCCAGCCGUGGCUAUAAUGAUGCUGUGGCCUCAGACUAUAACAGCUCCUGUCACUGGGAUAGACGCCACUGGGCUUGACAUCUGGACAGUCACUUUACCUGGAGACUGGAAAACAGUGUAGAUUAGGGUCAUUUCUAAAAGUAUUAUGCCACAGUCCCAGGCCAUAGGGGCCCAGUCCACCUGAGAUAAGGUGUGAAGGGGAGGGCUGCUGUUUCCAUACUAACAUACGUCCUUAACAAUCCAUAAUGUUUAAUGUUUCGAUUGUGAUGACUUUGACAGACAGUUUGUGCUGUGUGUGUGUACAAUCUAUAUACUGCAUCAAUGUCCUACCGCUGUAUGAAUAUUUGUACCAUAUAAAUAACUGUAUGUUAUUGUAUAUACAAUAUCUAAUGGGGCCCUGAUUUGAAUUGUUGGUACCUUGGAAUAUAGUAAUACAUAUCAAAGAUAUACUCAAAACAUUUCAAUAAAAAUGGUAUAGAUGUGUUAUUUCAUGUUAAUGAAAUUAAUGUUGUGAUAUUGAAUAAGUCGUUAUCUGGCUCUUCACACUCCUUUGUACGUCCUUCUAUUGAAAAUAUUUUACCAAAGUAGAGAAGAUAGUAUGUACAUACAGUAUAUUUACAUUACAAAAUGUUUAGUGAAAGUAUGGACAAAGACACAGUCUGUUCUAGUAAGUGCUGUGCUCUCUUAAGUGCCACUUACUGUUGCCUUGGUAACCAAACCCAUACGGAACUAUUAAAGUGACUCGUGCUGUGAAUCUGUCAUUUGAAUAAUGAAUGAAUAGUGUGGGUCAUUAUAGCCCCCUGUCAAGUCUAAAAUGAUCAGUAUCUACGUAUGUUUAAGUAUGUUUUCUGUCUAUUAAACAUCAGUUAAAACAACCACUGAUCCUGCAGAAGAACAAAUCUAAUCAAUCUUUAAUUGCUUUAGCAAACAGUAAGCUGAGAUUUUUGAGCCAUUAAAGGGGUAGGGGCCCAUACAAUAUUUUUAUAUUGAUUUCUUUUUGAAAUGCUCAGGUUUUGAGACUUCUAUAAUAUAUAAACAUAUUUUAAGAUGGAGCUGAAAACUAAAUACAGGGUCAAAAUUAUUGCUUUCAACUGAUUAUGUCAUUCAAGUUAUUUGAGGAUGGUCCUGUAAACAUAAUUGCUUCAAUACACAGGAACAAAAAUAUUGCAAGGGAAGAAUUAGAGGAUGUCCAGUAUAACCUAGAUGUUGUCUUACUUUAUUUUAUAUACAGUUUUUAUAUUCUCAUUCCCAAUGGGACAAAAUAAUGGUGUAACAUUAAAGAUGGCAUAGCAUGUUUCUACUAGUGUUAACCGCCAUAUUAGUCCAUUCUCACAGAUAAGCAUGUGACUACCUGACCAAACCAAACUAGUCGGUUCUAGCUCAGUUUUUUAAUUGAGACUGUUAUUGUUACUGUUGUAACUUAUGUUUUUGAAUGCUUAUUUUUUCAAUUUUCCUAAAGAAUAUAAUAUUCAAUAGACUGUUAACGAAUGUAUAAUAAACUGCAAAUAAACUAUUUAUAUUCAUUGA